CACCAGACACAUCCAUAGACAUGGCUCCGUGAGACGGCACAUGGCGGCCAGCGGCCAUGAACCAAAAAAUAACUCACCAAAAACAAAAACAACAAAUGCAUCUGUAACAACCCGGUUUCAUUUCUUUUCGGAUUUUACAAUUCCAGAAACCGACAACGACAAUAUUUCAACCAUUAUCUUGGUAGUUUAUGGGGAGUAGGCAGCCAACAUGGGCGUGCAAGGUUUCCAGGAAUACAUUGAAAAGCACUGCCCAAGCGCCGUAGUACCGGUGGAGCUUCAGAAGCUAGCUCGGGGGAGCCUAGUUGGGGGCGGCCGGCAGCGACCACCCCAAAGUCGGCUCAGGCUUCUCGUGGAUGCUGAAAACUGCCUCCACCGGCUCUACGGCGGAUUUUACACCGACUGGGUGAGCGGAGGCCAGUGGAACCACAUGCUAGGUUAUCUAGCCGCUCUUGCUAAGGCCUGCUUUAAUGGCAACAUUGAGCUCCUGGUAUGCUUCAAUGGCGCCUUGGAGAAAGGCCGCCUUCACGAAUGGGUCAAGCGACAGGUGAACGAGAGGCAGACAGCGCAGCAGAUUGUCAGCCACGUCCAGAAUAAGGGAACUCCACCGCCAAAGGUCUGGUUCCUGCCGCCGGUGUGCAUGGCCCACUGUAUCCGACUGGCCCUCCUCAGGUUCCACAUCGGGGUUGCCCAGAGCAUUGAGGAUCACCAUCAGGAAGUGAUUGCCUUAUGCAGGGAGAAUGGGUUUCACGGCCUGGUGGCCUACGACUCUGACUAUGCCCUGUGCAACAUCCCCUACUACUUCAGUGCCCACGCCCUAAAGCUGAGCCGCAACGGCAAAAGCCUCACCACCAGCCAGUUCCUGAUGCAUGAAGUCGCCAAGCAGCUCGAUCUCAACCCAAAUCGUUUUGUCAUAUUUGCUUCACUUUUAGGUAAUCACAUUCUGCCCGAUGAAGACUUGGCUGCCUUUCACUGGAGUUUACUUGGGCCUGAACACCCUUUAGCAUCAUUGAAGGUACGUGCCCACCAGCUUGUACUCCCACCUUGUGACGUAGUGAUCAAGGCCGUGGCAGACUACGUCCGCAACUUGCAAGAUGUCAUUGACUUGGAAGCCAUUGCUAAAGACAUCUUCAGACAUUCACAGUCCAGAACCGAUGACAAAGUUGUCCGAUUCAAGAAGGCAGUUGAGUACUACUCUGCAGCCAGCAAACCGCUACAGUUCUCUCCUUAUUUAGUCAGACCAAAUCCGAUCGGAGUGCCUGUCGCUGUGCCACAAUACGUACCUCCACAGAUGCUCAACAUUCCACAGACUCCCCUUCCUGUGAAACCUGGGGUCCAGCACUUGCCAGGCCAGAACACCUACCAAGAGCCUGGCCUGGCUCUUGAUCCACUGGGGAAGGGCCUCCCAGAUCAGAACAGCUUCAGCAACAUUCCUCACGAAGGGAAACACACGCCACUGUACGAGAGGUCCUUGCCCAUCAACCCCACCUCAGGCAGCAGCCCCAACCAUGCAGACCCUGCGUUCUUCAACACCUCGUCCACCUCGUCCUCCUCCGAGAACGACGAAAACACGGGCACCACUGCCAACCAUAUAAGUGACCAUAAAGCAGGAUGGGAUAAACAAGGAAAUCAGGCAGAGAACAUACCAGCAGGAGAGUUGGGAGACCAAAUUAAAGCUGAGGAAUCCUCUGUGACCUUCUCUGGGGGUCACGGGGCUGAGGUUGGAGGCCACAACAGUGUGAACACCCAGAUCCCCUCCCUGUUGUCGAUGCCAACCCGGAACCACAUGGACAUCACGACCCCCCCGUUGCCCGCGGUGGCGCCUGAGGUGCUUCGGGUGGCCGAACACAGACACAAAAAGGGCCUCAUGUAUCCGUACAUCUACCACGUCCUCACCAAGGGCGAGAUUAAGCUUUCCGUCACCAUCGAAGAUGAGGCUAACAAAGACCUGCCGUCCGCUGUACAGCUCUACCGCCCCAUCCGUCAGUAUGUUUACGGAGUCCUCUUCAGCCUGGCCGAGGCCAAAAAGAAGGCGGAGAGGCUUGCCAUGAGGAGGAACAGACUCCCGGAGUAUCCCCCCGUGAUCGUGAAAGAGUGGGCAGCCUACAAGGGCAAGUCGCCCCACACUCCGGAGCUGGUGGAGGCCCUGCCCUUCCGCGAGUGGACGUGCCCCAACCUGAAAAAAUUGUGGCUGGGCAAGGCUGUGGAGGACAAAAACCGCAGGAUGAGGGCCUUCCUGGCCUGCAUGCGCUCCGACACGCCGGCCAUGCUGAACCCCGCCAAUGUGCCCACCCCUCUUAUGGUGCUCUGCUGCGUGCUGCGGUUUAUGUUACAAUGGCCAGGAGUAAGAAUUUUGCGUCGUAACGAACUUGACGCUUUCCUAGCCCAAGCACUUUCUCCUAAACUAUAUGAACCUGACCAGCUGCAGGAACUUAAGAUCGACAGCCUCGACCCGCGGGGGGUCCAGCUGGCCGCCCUGUUCAUGAGCGGCGUGGACAUGGCUCUCUUCGCCAACGACGUGUGCGGCCAACCCCUCCCCUGGGAGCACUGCUGCCCCUGGAUGUACUUUGAUGGCAAGCUGCUCCAGAGCAAACUCAUACAGGCCACCCGAGAUAAGGCCCCUCUCAUCGACCUCUGUGAUGGUCAGGCCGAUCAGGUGGCUAAGGUGGAGAAAAUGAGGCAGAGCAUCCUGGAGGGGCUGACCUUCUCCCGUCCGCCGCACCCUCUGCCAUUCCCACCACCGCACGGCAUGCCUUUCUACCCCCCAAGCACUACUUUCUACCCCCCGCCGCCGAUGCCUCCACCUCAGGGUCGAGGGAGGGGCAUGCCUGGUAAGGACGUGCUCUACGAUGGCGGUGCUGUAUACGGACUACAAGCCAUUCCUUCCCAGGGUGGCAAGCUGGAGAUCGCUGGCACGGUGGUGGGCCAGUGGGCCGGGAGCCGACGAGGCCGUGGACGGGGGGCGUUCCCAAUCCAGGUGGUGUCAGUUGGUGGACCAACCAGAGGUCGUCCAAGAGGGGUGAUUUCAACAUCUGUUAUAAGGACCUUUGGUCGAGGAGCCAAAUACUAUGGUAGAGGCUUGAAGACUCAAGGAUCCUACCAGAGCAAGCCUGCAUAUGCUGCUUCAGCAAACGAGGUGGUGAAAGAACGGAAGAAAACGAAGCCAGAGGAGCUCCAGUCCCCCCCGGAAUCAUCAGAGGGGUCCACAGCAGAGAACGGUAUAGAGGGCAGAGAAGCUGACCAGCUGAAUGGGAACAAAGACGAUGGCGGGGCUCCUAACCAACCUGAAAGUGCCUUGAGCAAUGACUCAAAAAUGUGCAAUACUAAUUCUCAUUUAAAUGCACUAAAUGCAGACAGUGAUUGCCACAGAGACGAAGCUCUGGGCACCUCUGUCUUAAAAAAAGAAGAGUAAACCUAUUUUUUAUAGAGAGGGUGAAGGAUGAUGGAAGGUUCAGGGUUAGGAAUAUCUGGAACGAUGGAAAGCCUACAGUCUAUGUACAUUUUUUCCUCUCCGUAAGAGAAAACGAGGACUUUUGAAAUUUGGAUCCCUCUUUGAUGUCAGCAAGUUUAAACAAGAAUGUCUAUUUGUCAAUUUAAUAAAAGACGAUAAUACCAGUUACAGAUAAAAUACUACCAGUAUAAGGAGUAGGACAGGCCGCUCCCUCAUCACUAUUUACACGUUUCAAACUGGUUACGUGAGCGUUGUUUUCUUUUUCUUGAAAUACUGAAACUAAAAAAAUGCUUUCAUUUGGCAGUCUUUUUAUUAUAGGUUGAGAUACUCUUUUCAGUACCUGGCAUCAUAUAUUUGCCAUUGUAAUUGAUUUUGUGUUGUGUCACAGUAAAGAUGUUUUGAGAAUUAAGCUCACAGGUGAAGAAAAAAGAGAAACACAAAACCACAUUUCUCACGAGUCAUCACUGUGGGUUUUAUUGUGUUGAAAAAUGUGCAGAAUAAUUUCAAAAUUAAGUAACUGUAGAAUACUGCAAUUUAAGUUCAGAACUCAGUAUGCAUCAUACUUAACGAUAUAUAAGUAACAUGUCAAGAAACGGUUUUUAAGGAGAAAAAAAAAUCACCGAAGAUGCAGAUCUUUCACAGAAACACUGAUACAUUUUGUGUCAAAUUGCCAUGCAUCAGUGAUCAAUGACAAAUGUGGUUUCUUGAAUCAACUGUAGAACAUUAGUACUACUGUUUCAGCUAAACUUUCUGCAUGGUUCAUAAUUUUAAAAGGUGUGUAGUUAUUAUGCAUGUUGUCCUUCUUCCAUCCUUAAAAGUACUGUGCCCAUUUGCAAAAUUUAAAAAAAAGCCUAAUAAUCAGUAAUAGUCCUAUAAAAGGUGUUAACUGUUUAGUCAGUAACUGAUUUGCUCUAACCUUAAAUUUUUGUGAUUAUUGACCUUUGUUGCAUUUAAUCAAAAGAAAGGAGAAUUAUCUAGCCACUUUGAAUAUUGUUAACCCUGGUGUACUCAUUACUGUAUACAUUAUUGUUCUCUGUUGCUGUUUUAUGCAUUCAUAUUAGCAAAACAUCUCUCUGGGGAAAAAAGAAAAAUCUCUUAAAAAAAUAAAUAAAAAAAUAAAAACUUUGAUCUUGAAUUUACCCCCCUUUUCGUAGCUGGAAACGAGUCAAAGAGAUGCUUGACCUUCCCAUCAAGAGUUUAGCAUAAGCAAGUAAACCUGUAAUCAUUUUCAAUGUUUACUUUAGUGUUUUCGAACUUAUUGUACUUAAAACAGAAUCAUUACUUAACUUUUUUCAUCUAAUUCUCCAGAUGCUUUUCAUCACACAUUAGUGAUCAGAAAUACAAUGUAUUCCCCGUCCCUGCCCGCAAGAGCUAAAUAGGACACCUUGAUGUAAGUUGAACGGAGUUUCUACCUAACUCAUGGGUUGUAAAAGAAUGAACUACUGUUGGGUUUGACUGACUGUUGAUGGAUUGUGGUGUGGUGUAUUUGAAGGCAAAUGAAUGCAACUUACAAUGCUUAAUAAAAGUCUUUAUUCUUUUAGUAUAAAA